CUUCUCAUCCAGGUGGGGCACCCCAGUGGCUCUUUGCCUUACCCACCAGCAGGUUCGCCCCAGUGGGAAGAGUCUUGGGCAGACUCAGCUUGGCCAGCCCAGAGAGUAGGAGACCCUGGCUGGGUGAGACUGGGGAAGGGCAGUGUUGCCCAACUGGCUACGAGCAAGAGUGCCCUUCCUGGCUGUGGGUCCAGUGGGAGUCCGGGCCUGGCGGGGCUGGGUAUCACCCCUCUCACCGCCACCUCCUUUGCCUGCUUGCAGGAUGUGGCAGCCCUGAAUGGUCUGUACCGUGUCCGGGUCCCGCGUCGGCCUGGGGCUCCUGAUGGCCCCGAAGCUGGUGGCUUUGUCUCCUCCUUCAUCCCCGCAUGUUCCCUGGUGGAGUCGCACCUCUCGGACCAGCUGACCCUGCACGUGGAUGUGGCUGGCAACGUGGUGGGUGUGUCGGUGGUGACGCACCCUGGGGGCUGCCGGGGCCACGAGGUGGAGGAUGUGGACCUGGAGCUGUUCAACACCUCCGUGCAGCUGCAGCCACCGGUCACGGCUCCAGGCCCUGAGACGGCAGCCUUCAUCGAGCGUCUGGAGAUGGAGCAGGCCCAGAAGGCCAAGAACCCCCAGGAGCAGAAGUCCUUUUUUGCCAAAUAUUGGAUGUACAUCGUUCCUGUCGUCCUGUUCCUCAUGAUGUCGGGAGCGCCAGACGCUGGGGGCCAAGGGGGCGGUGGUGGCAGUGGUAGCAGUGGGGGCAGUGGUCGGUGAGGGGUCUGGGGACAGUCAGUGCCCCAUUCUCUUUCGUCCAGGGGACGCCCUAACUGCCCAGAGUACCUGUGUCCUAGGUCAUCCCAAGAAGGAGUCACUGGCACCCCCCCCUCCCAUGAGGGGGACACCCCUCCCCAGGAGUCCUUUCCCUAUGGGCCUCGGUGUUUCUGUCUGCAGAGGGGCAGCUGGAUUCUGGGCCCUGCUGCACCCUCCCUGCCACAGUGGCCCCACUGUAGCUCCAAAGGCUUCCCUUUGCCCACAGGAUGGAGCCCACGUUCCUGGGCCCCUCUGACUGCCUGUCAGUACACCGCCGCCACCACCAAUCCCUGUAGUCUGGGAACAUGCCAGUUCUCUCCAGCAUCUGUGCCUUUGUUCUUGCCCGGCCGGGCUAGGUGGCCCCCCAACUCCUAGAUGGUCCCUAACUCGUCUGACACCCUCCCCUCUGACCUCAAGGGCACAGCAAGCCUGGGCUGGCAUGGGUACCUGGCUCUGUUCCUCCACAGCCCUGCCCUGGGGCCCUGCUCUGCCC